ACUCGGACGAAUAAGCCGUCUUCUUCCGCGUUCCCUGACCACAGAGCGAUGUUUGUUUUGCCUCGGGACUUUGUGUACGCUGCUUGACAUCGUAGCAGCCGGCACAAAUGUUUCACGUUAGUUGUCUGCGGGUUUCGUCUUCGCUCCGGGCCGCUCGCUGCCUGGUGCCGAGCCGACACGCCGCCCCCAAAGCUGUUACGUGUUCACGGCGCUGCAUGUCGACAUGCCUCCACGGGAAGGGCACCGGGCAGAGGGACGGGAACUUCGGAGGACUAGUUUACCGCACAGAUGGCCCCGUUUUAUCGAGGAGCUGCUCCACGAGCCGAGCUAAACUGAACUGCUGGAACUGUCAGCAACUUCUGCACAGAACUCCUUCCUUCUUUUGCGACUCGUGCAAAGCGGUCCAACCCCCUGAGGAAGGGACGUCCUACUUCAGGAUCAUGGACUGUGACUACACAUUCACACUGGACACACAAAAGCUCCAGACAAGAUACUUGCAGCUUCAGCGGACUCUUCAUCCAGACAACUUCACCCAGAAAUCUGUGAAAGAACAGGAGUAUUCAGAAAGUCAGUCUGCCCUUGUGAGCAAAGCAUACAAGACUUUGCUGAAGCCCUUGAGCCGUGGUCUUUAUAUGCUGGAGCUUGAGGGUAUGCAUCUGAAGGAGGGUACCGACUCUGUAGCUGAGUCACACUUCCUAAUGGAGUUGAUGGAGAUCAAUGAAGCCCUCGAUGAAGCCCAGACUCCAGAACAAGUCAGUAAGAUUGGUCAAGACACAAAAGGGAAACUCGCAGACCUGACGGAGCAGAUAGAUGCUGCCCUUCAUCAAGUGCUGUUUUGAAGAUGACAAGCUUGAGGAGAGGGCAUCUCACCCCAACAUCAUUGAACAAGACACUCAAUUUGCCAGUGGACAAAAGAUUUAUACUGUAUUAUUUAAAGUUAUUUAUAUUUCAUGGAAUAUUUUAUGCUGAGAAGAGUGUCUGUGAUUGGACAGGCAGAAGAAAUGCAGUUCUACUGUUGCAUGCACACAGUCUUUGCAGUCCUCUAUUGAUAAUGUAUGACACAAAGCAGAGCAAGUUGCAGCUGUAUUGCACUUCUAACUUUACUCUCAGACCAUUGUGGUUAAAUAUAGUCAAAAUACAGCACAGAUUUUCUUCAUAAACAUUAUUAAAGAUUUUGCCCAAGAAUAUA